GAUGUGACUCAUUGACCACCACAUGAUAGCGACAACAUUUGGACCAUAGUGAUAGUUCUAGUAAAAGUAAUUGACCAAGGUGUAAUAGGUGUACUAGGUGUGAUCGUGCUUGACCAUGGUGUUUGAGUUGUUUGGAUCGGUGAAGCGGUUGGUGAAGUUGGACUCGGUUUGCAUAGACAACAAUGUGUUUCGCCUGCAUUAUAAGGCAACCGUCAUCUUCUUAGUGGCCUUUUCACUGCUCGUCACUUCCAACCAAUACUUCGGGGAUCCCAUCGAUUGUAUUCAAAGGGACGACAUUCCCACCAAUUUGUUGGACACGUAUUGCUGUCCUAUAAUGCAAGACAAGGACAAAGCGGAACAGAUCGCUCUUCUGGUGCAAUACUUGAAGGCCAACAUCCGAUUCCAUAACUCAUAUUUCUUCUACUUCGUGGUGUGCGAAGUACUCAACUUUGUGAAUGUGAUCAUUCAGAUGUACCUGAUUGACGCCUUCCUCGGCGGUGCGUUCAGUACAUACGGUUUGGAUGUAUUGAAGUACACGGAAAUGGAUCAGGAGGCCAGAGUGGACCCCAUGAUCGCUGUGUUCCCCCGUAUGACCAAAUGUACGUUUCAUCGCUUCGGAUCCUCCGGUGAUGUCCAACGACACGACGCUCUUUGUAUUCUUCCCCUCAAUAUUGUUAACGAAAAGAUUUAUAUAUUCCUCUGGUUUUGGUUUGUCUUUCUGGCCAUCAUUUCUGGAAUUAUUCUCAUCUAUCGUUUAGUUAUAAUAUUUUUCCCUCAUUUACGUUACGUAACACUGAGAUCGCGGGCCCGACUCACAGAUCGUAAUCAUCUUCGGCUAGUGAUGGAAGUGGCAAAGAUUGGCGACUGGUUUCUCCUGUAUCUUCUGUGCAAGAAUAUGGACGGACAGCACUUUAGGGAACUAAUGCAGGAAUAUUCAAAGGCCAUCGUAGAGGACGGUUCGGGCAAAAACUUGUUGAAAUAUAACGAAAAAGAGGGCCUAACGCCUACCGCUUGAAUCCGUAUAAACAUAUUUACACACUUUGUGUUUACUUUUUAAUAAAUGAAACAAAUAUUACAUAUUUUCUAUAAUAUUGGCUCAAAUCUAUAGACUUUUUAUAUUACAUUAUAUUUACAAAUAUAUCGUUGAGUCAGAAUUAAAUAAGUUUUAUAAUUUAAAGUAAAAUAUACUAUAAAUAGUUUGCAUUAAAUAUAUGGAGGAAAAGGGAUUUUAAAUUUAAUUUAAGUGCUAUUUUUGCGGCUAAAAUCAGAACUAAAAGGAAAUUAACUUAAGAAUUAAUAUAAAGUUAAUAUAUUUUUAUACAAUAUUUGUAAUGCUUUUCUAUAUUAUAUUGAAUUAAUGGUUGUAAUAAUUGUCAUAAUUAAUAGUGUUGUGUAUUAUCUAAAAUUACACUCAAUCUAAACACACACUGCCAUAAAUUUAUGCAAAAAAUAUAUUUACAUUUAAAUGUUAACGCACUUAACAUUGAAUUAAACACAACUGAACGCAAUGUAAAACAAAUACAAACAUUAGUUAAUAUAAAUAUUGUAUAAUUGAUGUUUAGGUGCCAAACAAAUAUUGAUACAAUUAUUAUUGUAAUACAGAACAUAAAGCUCACAGCUUUCUAUACCCAACACUUUCAUACACUUUUACAACAAUUAUAACUAUUAAGUCUAUUAAUAAGAAUUAAUGAAUUAUUGUAAUUAUGAUUAUUUGCUAUAAAAUUGUUAUCUACUUUGACCAAGUGUACAAUUAAGCCAUUGAUUGCACUACGAUUCCUGCAGUUUUAUUUUAUUUUUAUAAUGUAUGUCAGAGUAAAUUAGUUAUAAUUUAUAAUAAGCUCUACAAUAACUGUACAUUUAUUUGAAUACCAAAUUAUAUACACAUUUUAUAUCUAUAUUGUAUUUAAUAUUUUUGUCACAAUAAGACACUUGAGUUUAGAACCAGUAGUUGUUUAAUAUGAUGGUUGAAUUCGGGACCAAAUGCUAUAUUAUUCUUAUUAGACUAUAUAACCAUUCAUUUGAUUAUUCCAAUAAAAUAUAAUUGUUAUUUCAAAAUAUA